AUGUUGAGAUUUAUUCGCUUCGAUGAGAAAGGUGACGGAGUCAACGUUUACAAAGUGAUAAAUUUACUUUGAUAUCAGCUGCAUGGGGUAAGUUUAUUCAAAGUAGUCAGAGUUGCUGCAAACUAGGUGCAAGUAUUACGAUUGACAAGCAACUCUUUCCAUCUAAAGCCAGAUGCAGAUUCAUUCAAUAUUUGCCGAAUAAACCCGACAAAUUUUCUAUUAACUGUACUACGCAACAUGGGAUUUCUUUUCUAAGAAAGUAA